AUGAGGGCACUGGGGAGAGGCACGGGGCGGGUGGAGGAGGGAAAACAGCGGGAGGUGGAGGGCAAGCGGCGGGAGGUGGAGGGCAAACGGCGGGAGGUGGAGGGCAAGCGGCGGGAGGUGGAGGGCAAACCGCGGGAGGUGGAGGGCAAACGGCGGGAGGUGGAGGGCAAAAGGCGGGAGGUGGAGGGCAAACGGCGGGAGGUGGAGGGCAAACGGCGGGAGGUGGAGGGCAAACGGCGGGAGGUGGAGGGCAAACGGCGGGAGGUGGAGGGCAAACGGCGGGAGGUGGAGGGCAAACGGCGGGAGGUGGAGGGCAAAAGGCCGGAGGUGGAGGGCAAACGGCGGGAGGUGGAGGGCAAACGGCGGGAGGUGGAGGGCAAGCGGCGGGAGGUGGAGGGCAAGCGGCGGGAGGUGGAGGGCAAGUGGCGGGAGGUGGAGGGCAAGCGGCGGGAGGUGGAGGGCAAACGGCGGGAGGUGGAGGGAAAACGGCGGGAGGUGGAGGGCAAACGGCGGGAGGUGGAGGGCAAACGGCGGGAGGUGGAGGGCAAACGGCGGGAGGUGGAGGGCAAACGGCGGGAGGUGGAGGGAAAACGGCGGGAGGUGGAGGGCAAACGGCGGGAGGUGGAGGGCAAACGGCGGGAGGUGGAGGGCAAACGGCGGGAGGUGGAGGGCAAACGGCGGGAGGUGGAGGGCAAACGGCGGGAGGUGGAGGGCAAACGGCGGGAGGUGGAGGGCAAACGGCAGGAGGUGGAGGGCAAACGGCGGGAGGUGGAGGGCAAACGGUGGGAGGAGGAGGGCAAACGGCGGGAGUUGGAGGGCAAACGGCGGGAGGUGGAGGGCAAACGGCGGGAGGUGGAGGGCAAACGGCAGGAGGUGGAGGGCAAACGGCGGGAGGUGGAGGGCAAACAGUGGGAGGAGGGCAAACGGUGGGAGGAGGAGGGCAAACGGCGGGAGGUGGAGGGCAAACGGCGGGAGGUGGAGGGCAAACGGCGGGAGGUGGAGGGCAAACGGCGGGAGGAGGGAAAACGGUGGGAGGAGGAGGGCAAACGGCGGGAGGUGGAGGGCAAACGGCGGGAGGUGGAGGGCAAACGGCGGGAGGUGGAGGGCAAACGGCGGGAGGUGGAGGGCAAACGGCGGGAGGUGGAGGGCAAACGGCGGGAGGUGGAGGGCAAACGGCGGGAGGUGGAGGGCAAACGGCGGGAGGUGGAGGGCAAACGGCGGGAGGUGGAGGGCAAACGGCAGGAGGUGGAGGGCAAACGGCAGGAGGUGGAGGGCAAACGGCGGGAGGUGGAGGGCAAACGGUGGGAGGUGGAGGGCAAACGGCAGGAGGUGGAGGGCAAACGGCGGGAGGUGGAGGGCAAACAGUGGGAGGAGGGCAAACGGUGGGAGGAGGAGGGCAAACGGCGGGAGGUGGAGGGCAAACGGCGGGAGGUGGAGGGCAAACGGCGGGAGGUGGAGGGCAAACGGCGGGAGGUGGAGGGCAAACGGCGGGAGGUGGAGGGCAAACGGUGGGAGGAAAAAACGAAUGAGUGGGGGAGAUGCAAUGCAUCAGAGAAUCAUGGCUUGACAUGCACCAAAGGAAAGGCCACAAUGUGA